CCCAGGAAAGGAAGAUGGCGGUCUUCCGCCCAUCGCGAUGGGGCAGGGGCGCUGAGGUGGCGGCUUCCCGGAGCCCCGUCGCUCUCGCCACAUGGAGGGGCCCGGUAGCCGGUCCGGCUGCGAUGAGCGGAGAUGUCUUUCGGGUGAGACUUGGCUUCACCCUCAGUUCAUGGAAUGUGGCUUCAUGGACAUGGUGUGGGGUGAAGCCACAAGCAGCAGCUCCAUCCCCCUGCAGCUCAGGCUGCUGUGGUGUUGCAGGCCCGAGACAGGCUCCCUUAAAUAUUUAAGCAGGGAACAGUCUUGAUUUUAAAGCGGGUGUGGAGAAAAUUUACGCCCGCCUUUACAGUUAAGUGAGUUUGCAUAAAAUAUCGCAGAUAAAAUCCAUUACACAGGCAGCAGGCACCCUGCCUGUGCCCAAGUAAAAAUGAUUUAUGGAGAACACAGAACAAAUAAAAGACCCGAGCUAUCACAUUAAAACUCCUGCACAGGUAGGACACCAGACCCGUAAAGCACGAAGUGCUGUACUAAGCUAGAGUUAGGUCGCAAAAACUCAAGCUUGCCAUACUCCAGCUUUCUCUUUAUUUUUCCAAAGCUUAUCGUCAUGACUGAUAACUGUUCCUUCAUCAUAUUGCCAGUGAAACUUGCCAGCCAACUUACCCCCUUUUUGUAUCUUUAGAGAGAGAGUAGCCAUGAAAAUAAACCUUAACUAUGUAGGCAGACUGUUAUGUUCAUUUCAACUGAUAAAUCCAUUCCAAGCUGAUAAAAUUGACCAAAAAGUCAUUCUUCUUUCCAGACAGGAGUACUCAUUUUCUCUCUGCAGUUACACUGCUAACACUUUACUAGUUACUAAUUCUUCAUUUCAUUUCUCAAACAACACUGAAAUAUUUUUCUUAACGCCAGGAAUAAUUUCUGGUUGUAGUAAUUUCUUUUCCAUUUCCCAUUAUGAAAACUCCUGUGUGAAUAUCCAGCCUACUGAAACCAAUUGCAAGUGCACCACUAAAUUCUUGGAGAUCAGGAUUUCAAACAUUAAAUUUACACAUACCUACCUUAGUGACUUGCUUGAGCGUCAAAGAAUUGGCCAUUGCAAUACUGUCUGGCUUUUCCAUGAGUUUUAGCAAUCCCAGAAAAUAAGCAUUAGUUCAGUUUAGUGAUAGAAAGAUGAAUUAGAAUUGGGUUAUAUUGCUAACAGUUUGAAAACUUAAGUAGAAGUUACAAAUACCGAUGCUAUGCACUUGAAGCCUUUAACAUGCCUAAAACGUUGUCAUCACAAUUGAAAUUAGAGCUCUUGGCUUCUCUGUUUUUAAGUAAAAUGUCCAUGCACCAUUAAAUUUUCAUCUAAUGCAUAUAGGGCAGAAACAGAGUUACUUGUAAUUGGACGGUCAUGUUUUCUCAAAAGAUAAAGCAGUGUUUUAGAAUUGCAUCUCAGCACCCUCCAAAGCCCUGCUCUUUAAGAGAUUCAUUCACUAGCACAUCUGGGACAAUUUUAGGUAGAUAGUGAAACUGUUUGGUAGUGUUUAGAUUUAGUAGAUGUUUAGAUUUUCAUUCCUUCGCAGAUGAUGCUUAAAAAUGCGGUGUAAAAAAAAAAUUAAAAAUUAGUUGUCUUGCACUUUUUAUUUCAGUAUAACAAAUUCCUGCCCCUCACACCCUACCCCUAAGGUCUGUCCCAGCUCUGUUCCCAAAUCCUCCUCCCUUCCCACCUAGUCUAGUAGCCAUCAUGAAUACUUCUGCAACUGGCUUAAAGACUUCUGGAACAGACUUGUCCCAGGCUGCAAGUGGCCGGAAUGGAAACAGGGAUGCCAGACUGAGAUGGAACAAGGACAGGUAUGAGAGUGGUUGGAAGAUACGGAACAAAAAAGGCAGUGUCAGAAAAGAGGUGGUUCUGAGGCCGAAAGUGAGACAAUGUGACUGUUCAGACUGAUUUCCAGUUGAAUAUCACAGCACUUGAAAACAAACCAGCAGGUCACAACGAGGUGACUUGCUCAGGUAGUACCAAGUAAAGGUGUGCCCAGAGACAAACAUGAUAAAAGAGACUGUUGGUAAUUGAAGCACAAGUGGAUGCAAUGUCAGUUAACUGGAAUAUGAUAAUAAAGCUUCAUCCAUUAAAAAUGAAUGGCCUUUGACAUUUUUGCUUUUUUUGAGUCUAAUAUUUGUGUCUAUUAUUAAAUCCUAAAUACAGAAUUUACUGUCUAGAUGUUAGAGUUCAAUAUUUGCUUUUCCCCACAUUGUAGGAAAGCAUUUUGUUCUCUCCAAAAUUUAAAGGUUAAGUUUUAGUUUGACACAUAUUUGAAAUUGUUAGCUCUUAAGAUUUAGGAGAAUUACUGGUUUCUUGCAACAUUGCUUCCAUCCAAAUGUCUAGUUAAAAAAAAUUGAAAAUUAAGAGCGGGCAAUGCAAACCUGCUCUCGAGCAGUAAGUCCUUACUCAGGAAGAUCAUCUACAAAAUAACAAUAAAUACAUACCCACUGAAACUUUGGCCAUUCUCUUAGGAACAGCAAUGAAAUAACUGCUAGCUCUCUCUGCAAUAGUAUACAGCACUAUACAGUACAGUAUAUACAGUACACAGCACUACUUGAGCUCAGUCUUGUCAGUCAGAGAUUGUGGAGAAAGCCAAAAGCCACCAGGUUACCAACGAUUAGACACUCGCCUUGAAUAUAUGACUAAGUGAUAACAAUUCCCCAUCCUGUGAACUGAAAGUUGCAUUAGAUUCCAGGAAAUGGUGCGACUCGAGAUAGGGUAAGAAGGUUUCGGAUAUAUACACAAAAAUGUUUUUCUUAACAUUUAAUUUGACUGGGAAGAAUGUUCGUGCCCCGCUUGAAGCUAAGAUGAAGCAGUAUGUUUCUGUCAUAUUUAUGGAAGGGACUUAUGGAACAAACUAGGAAUGAUAAAGACUUCUCUCUAUCUACAGAUAAUGAAAUACUUUCCAGUUUACCACUGCAGAUGUCCCUCUAUUUCAACGUUUAUUUUUUCCCAUUUUGGUGGCUCAGUGCAGUUGUCAUGCUCCAUGUGAAGUAUCCGGUCUUGUCAGAUUACUACAAGUUCAUCCUGGUGACAAUCAUGAUCCUCACCUCUCUGAUAGAGAUCAUCCGACUCUACCUGGGAUACAUGGGCAAUCUGCAGGAGAAGGUCCCUGAGCUGGCUGGGUUUUGGCUCCUGACUCUCCUCCUGCAGUUGCCUAUAAUUCUCUUCUUGCUAUUUAAUGAAGGUCUGAUAAUUCUGCCCCUGGAGCGAGCGGUCCAUAUCGUCUUUGCCCUGUUCCUCAUGUUCCAAGUCGUUGCGGCUUUUGUCACCCUGAAGAGAAUGGUGAACAAACUGGCAACCCACUUUCGCCUUAACGAGUUUGAUCAGCUGGAGGAACAUCCCGGGCCAGAUUUUUACAGCCUGGGUAAAGAAGGGAGGGCAGUUCCUCUGGCUGGUAGGGGCCCCGGCGCUGGCUGGGGAGGUCACACGCUGAGGAGCUAACAGAGGUUAGCUUGUGCUGCUACAGCUCUGUUUCCCUUUUGUUGGGUCAUUCUUUACCUUCAAAGAUAUUAAAAGAAUAGAUCUUAAAAGCUCCCUUCAACCUGGGAGAUUGGAGCUCCACUCAAAGCCUUUUACACAACUAGCUUGAGCUGUUGGAUUGUUCCUGUGCAGAGUGCCAACAGAGUAGGUUUGGUGGGUUUUUUACCAAGUCAUGUGGUGGUUUUGGAAAAACAGAAGCCUUUUUCCUCACUCUUUGCACAGAACUGUUUUGUUUACAAUAAAUCUUUUAUACACAUUU